CAGUUGGUCAAUACUCUUUCCAAAAGUACAUAAAUACUGUGACUCUCCCAGUUAUUUCUAAGUGUUACAGGGAGUGUGGCAGGCAACUCUGUAUGCAUUGAACGUCCAACUGAACAGUGUAGGAGCCUCACUUAAGAACAGCAGACACCUGUCAAGGAGCUGCCAUGAUGCUUGGUCUUCCUUUUCCCGGUUUCUGUUUCCUCUUCCUCCUCUUUUCUUUGGCAUCCAGUUCUCCUACUGGAGAUGGCACCGUGGUGAACACCAAGAGUGGCCCCGUUAAAGGAAAACUUCUCUCAGAAAGCUCUAGUUCUGUGAUGGCCUAUCUGGGCAUCCCUUAUGCUGAGCCUCCCUUGGGGAACCUGCGUUUUCAGAAGCCUCGUCCACAUCAGCCCUGGAGACAAGUCUUGGAGGCUUACAACUUUGGCAAUGCCUGCUCUCAGUUCACUUACCUAGAGUUCCCUGAUUCAAAGAUGUGGGCUCUCAACAGGCCUAUGUCAGAAGAUUGUCUCUUUCUCAACAUCUGGGUGCCACAUCCACGGCCCUCUACACCAACUCCCAUUCUUGUCUGGAUCCAUGGAGGGUCUGGAUUUUCCUCUGGUUCAGCUUCACUGGACUUAUAUAAUGGAGCUUCCUUAGCUGCAAGAGAGAAGGUCAUUGUGGCCUCCAUCAACUACCGCCUGGGUGCUCUGGGAUUCCUUUCUUUGCCACCAGCUAUUCCAGGAAAUAUGGGCCUGUUGGAUCAACAGUUGGCAUUGACCUGGGUGAAGGAGAAUGCAGCUGCUUUCGGUGGAGAUCCAAGCAAGAUAACCAUUUUUGGCCACAAUGGUGGGGCAGUAUCUGUGGGUUUGCAUCUCCUUUCUCCAAGAAGCCAGCCACUUUUCAGUCAAGCUAUCCUGCAGAGUGCAGUUCCCAAUGUGCUCUGGGGAUGGAAGAGUCCUGAGGAGGUUAAGCAGAAAACCUUUGCUCUCAGUCAGCUUCUGGGAUGUGGGGAAAUUGAUGAAAAUGCUGUAUUGAGCUGCCUACGGGAGAAAAAUGCAACUGAAUUUGGUCAACAGGAGUUACCUAUGAUGGAAAAGAGUGAGUUCCUUCUGGAUCUGCCAUUCUUACCAACCACGGAUGGGGACUUUUUGCCCGAGGAUCCACAAAAACUACUCCAAUCGGGACACAUCCAGGUCAAACCGAUUCUCCUCGGUGCCACUUCCGAUGAAGCAUCUGCUUUUGUUCUGUAUUACUACCCUCAUGUCAAGGAUGGCUUGAUCUCUUGGGAUCAACUUCUGAAAGUGGCAAAGAUGACAAUUCGCAAUGCAAAUGCUGAAAAUGUGAAGGCUGUGGCCCUGAAGUACAGUGAAGACUAUGAGGGCGCUGCACAGUACCGGUCGGCCAUGAAUCAGAUGAUUAGUGAAUAUGGGUUUUGGUGCCCAUUAGCUGAGUUUGCGGCAACGGUCCAAAAAGCUGGGAGUCCAGUGUAUGCUUACACCUUCUCUCACCACACCUCUGGUUCAUUCUUCCCUGAGUGGCUUGGGGCUCCUCAUGGUGCUGAGCUACCAUAUAUAUUUGGCAGUCUUGAGGUGGCUUUGGCUGUCAACAAAACAUAUACAGAGGCUGAGGCUGCAUUGAGCCAUAGGAUCAUGCACUAUUGGGCAGAGUUUGCCAGAAAUGGGAAUCCCACAGGAUCAAAUGCCAAGGUCGGAGAGUGGCCGCUCUACAAUGCCGCACAGAAGAAGGUCUUCCUUCUUAAUACUGAGGUGCCUCAAAAUCCACAGGUCUCACCUGCCCUCCACUGUGAUUUUUUGAAAGCAUAUUCUGCACAGUCAAAUGAAUCUAAUGAGGGUUCUCUUUCACCAAGUGAAGAUGGGAAGGAACCCCAGUAGUCGGCAUCUCCAUGAAUAAUCAGCAAGUCUUCUUACAGAUCUAGGUGGAGAUAAAAUGACACAAAGGAAGUAGAGGAAGCAGAAAUUGUUGGAUUGGAUUGCGGACAAUUCACAGCAUUUCUGAAACCCCAUUGGUAGAGGGGACUCACAUUAUUCAUAAGUGGGUCAAUCCGUAUUCUUUUAUCCAUAAUAAGUACUACUUGGCUUCAUGUUCCAAGAACAGAUCAAAACAUUUCCUGGAAGCCUUAAGAAAUGACAAGCUAUUACAAAACAAAACAAGAACAAAACACACCCACACAUGCACAAAACAUCCCUCCCCCACCAAAGCCUCCAAACAUCCUUUCAUGCUGAAUAAUACGCCCCAUUGUUUUGGGAAACUUUGUUGCAAAUGUGAUGCUUUAACCAGAACCUCAUUAAUAAUCCACUUUUUGUACACCUGCGAUCUACACUUUUCCCACUGAACUCUGAGCAAUGCAUCUUUUCUAUUAUCUGAAGAAAGCAUUUCUAGUAGGUUACUGGAGAACUAAAUAAAAAUCCUGAAAUACAUUAUAAAA